AUGUUUCUUGUACUUAAUGAACUCAAGAAUGUAGGUGAAGACAGACUCGCAAACUUCAACGCUUUGAAAUCAAUUAUUACGGAUAAUGAGAUUAGAAUUAAUGAAAAGAAUCAACCCAGAAGAACUGCUCAGAACGUUGCAAACUUCAUUUUCGUAACUAACAACGUCUACCCUGUCAAAAUUGAAGUUGGAGACAGAAGAUACGUAGUUUUAAGAGUUAAUGGUAAAUUCAAGGGUCAAUUUGAUUAUUUCAAGAAUUUGAUGAAUUCAUGCACAAAGGAAUUUUAUGAUAACCUUUUAACAUAUUUUAUCAAUUACGACCUUUCAUCAUUUAAUGUACGAAUCAUACCGAUGACUGAAGCCAAACAAGAUUUAAUAGAAUUAUCAACAAAUCCUUUAGAUGUAUGGAUAAAUACACAUUAUGAUGAAUUGUGUGCAGGUAUGACGUGUAAAAAUGCUCUAUUCUGCAAACCAUCAGACAUGAAAGACAAAAACUUUCAAAUGAGCAUUAAGGAUAAAUGUGAAAGGAAACAGAGAAGAAUAGAUGGUAAACAAACAUGGUGUUAUGUUUUGAAAGAAGAAAUGAAAGGAUUAUAUAAACAGGUUGAACCAAACGAUAAUGAGGAUUCAUUUACUGACGAUGAAAUACCUGUAAAUGAAGCUUUAUAA